AUGCAUGGAAAUCACUCAACUACUCUCUCCAACACCCUACUACCAAUUUACAGACCGUGGUUGAUUGAUACAGCGGAUACACUGUUGUAUGCCCCGCUUUAUCUUUUGCGCUUAUGGAAAAAGGAGCAGACGCUCACCACCGUCCUCUCCAGUGAUUACGUCGAUAAUCAGGAAUUUCCCACAGGCUCCGGACGCCUGGUUUUGGAGACAAACGGCUUACGCUGGUACUCCGCAACCCUCAUUAUUUCUGCCGUGUUGAGUCCGCUCACAUGGUUGCUGUACCGAUAUCCAUGGAUCGCCGGUGUGGUGUUCGUCGUGACAGUCAUCCUAACACUUAACUGCCUGACCCUCUGUGAAUCCUUACUACGACGCUAUCGUCGAACCAGUGUACCUAAGCCGUUACCGUCGGCAACAGUUGGCACAAAAAAUGGACUGGAAGAUGAGAAUGACAUUAUUCCCAUUCAGGAGGUUAAACCAGCAGAUGUGUUUACAGGCUAG